CAGGCUCAGAAAAGGGAGCAGAGCAGCUGAUGACAGUUGGAGGAAACUAACUUUAUAAGGAUGAAGACGCUGCUGCUGCUGUAUUUGUGCGUUUAUGUGAGCUGGGCAGCAGAUAAUCUGGAAUAUGACGACUACGACACGGACGCCAAAACAACAGACCAGAACACCACCGCUGGAGCUAAUGUAAACGCUCGUGGUCAUCGCCCCCUGGUGAAAGGCAGAGAGUACUACAGCCGAAACCGAAAUGCCCCUCCACCAAUCAGCGGCGGCGGCAGGUAUCGCGGUCGGCCGACUUCAGCGCCGGUCGGAGGUCAAAAGGUGGAGGAGAAGGUCCAGCAGCCCGAAGCUGGAGGAUGUAGUCACGCCUCAGAGCAGAUGGGCGUCUUGUGUCCCACCGGCUGUGAGCUGAAGACCACACUGCUGAAGCAAGAGGACGACGUCAAGAGGAGCAUCAGGCAGCUGAAGCCUCAGGUGGAGGAUUUGUCCCGAUCCUCCAACAACAUCUUCAACUACGUCAACGGCAUGUCCAUCACUCUGCGGGAGAGGCAGCGAGUCUUUAAUGACAACAACCGGGUGGUGGGUCAAUACACCGACCGAGUGGAGGAGCAACACGCCUACAUCAAGGAGACUGUGGACACCGUUUUCCCUUCAAACAUCAGAGUGCUGCAGGGAGUUCUGGACAAGAUCAAGCUGAAGAUCCAGAAGCUGGAGAAGGCCAUCCAGGCCCAGAAGGAGGAGUGCAAGGAGCCAUGCAAGACCAAAUGCCCCAUACCAGUGGUGUCCGGUAAGGAGUGUGAGGAUAUCUUCCGUCGUGGAGGAAAAGACUCCCAGAUGUACCUGAUCAAGCCCGAUGCCUUCAGCUCUCCAUACAAGGUCUACUGCGACCAGUCCACCCUGAACGGAGGAUGGCUUCUCAUCCAGAACAGGCUCGACGGCAGCGUUGACUUUGGCCGACGUUGGGAUGAAUAUCGACGUGGAUUCGGCAACAUCGCCUUCGAUGCCGGCAAGGGUCACUGUGAGACUCCUGGUGAGUACUGGCUGGGUAACGACCGCAUCAGUCAAGUGACCAAGAUGGGCCCGACUGAGGUUCUCAUCGAGAUGCAGGAUUGGACAGGAGCCAAGGUCCAAGCCCAGUACCGCCAGUUCACCAUCCAGUCGGAGACGUCCAACUAUGUGCUGGCCGUCGACGGUUACUCUGGUAACGCUGGCAACGGUUUCCUGGAAGGAUCCCUGGAGCUGUUUGGUGAAAAUCGCACUAUGACCAUCCACAACGGCAUGAUGUUCAGCACCUACGACAGAGACAACGACAACUGGAAUCCCGGCGAUCCAUCCAAGCAGUGUGCCAGGGAAGACGGAGGCGGCUGGUGGUACAACCGCUGCCACUCAGCCAAUCCCAACGGCCGGUACUACAUAGGCGGGGCCUACACGAAGCAAAUGGCCAAGCACGGCACAGAUGACGGCGUGGUGUGGAUGAACUGGAAGGGCAGCUGGUAUUCGCUCAAGGCCAUCAGCAUGAAGAUACGGCCUUUCUUUGCCUCCAGAUAGCCGUGUCGGACAGCGUCAACACAUAAAAGACACACAGGAGACUCUGAGAAAUAUUACAGGAAGAAUUUAGGUUUAGUAACAUGAGUUUUGUUCACGCUGCACCACUGACAUUUUGUCGUCAUUUGGCUGUAGCCUUUACACAGAGUCUGGACAAAAUGGCGUAACAAGAGUGAAGAAACUGAAAUAUUUAAAGCAUUAAAAAACAGCAUUAAAUGAAAGCCUGACAUGUAGGGAAGAUGUUUUAAUGUCAGAUAAACGUGGUACCUUCAACAUUAAGGAGAGAAACCGGACGAGCUAUGACUAAAUCUACUGCGAUGUGAUGUCUGUCUUGUUAUGUGUGACACUGACUGUCCACUGAUAAUAAAUGAGUCAAACUGUG